UUCUUUUGGAUUAUGAGUUCUUGACAUAUAUAUUGGGACUGCGUGGAAGCAACCACUCGCCUCAUUACAUAACCAAGAAUUUACUGCUGAGAUAAUGACUUCUCCUGAUGUGCAACAUUGGCAUGCCAUUUUUUUAUUGAAACAGCACAGGCAUAAGCUUUGCCUUUUUUAUAUAAAAAAAGUGUAUGUCGAGAAGUUGGUGGCGAGUGGCUGGCAUGGCGAGGUGGGGGUCUGGGAGGCAGAUGAGCAGGGGCAUGGCUUCCACCUAGUCCGACCAACAUGCUUGGAGGAGGAAGCGCAGGUCUGUGUCAUUGCUGAAUUUCUGGGCCGCCCAUGAGAUCUCCUGUUCUCCAUUCAUUCACAUGACCAAGACAAUUGCCAUUAUCAUAUUUCAUCAGGGAAUUCCAGUUUUGUGUAAUUUUUUUUAAUGGUCCUUAUGCUACUUCUUAGCAUUCUUAAAUGGAGUUGAAACUAAGAUCAGCUAGUCCGCCAAUUUUAAAUUUCUACUUCCUCUGUCCCAUGAAACAUGUCUUAACUUUGUCUAAAUUUGGAUGUAUGUACACACUAAAUAGUAUCUAGAUGCACCCAAAUUUGGACAAACUUAAGACAAGUUUCAUGGGAUGGAGGGAGUAUUUUGAAAGGAUUUAAAAUGCUAAGAUAUGAAUACAAAGAUCUCAUUCAUAUUUCAAUAGAAGAAACUUGCUUUCACAAGAAAAGAAAGCAACUUAAUCACUUAUUCCGUUAUUCCAGCCCAUUUCGUCACACCUUAUCAGAUGUACCUUAGAGCCUUUUCUUACAUAUGUUUACUAUAAAAGUAUCUGAGUGGGAAUGCUAUGCAGUAUUUAUAUUUCCAUUUCGGGCGAUAACCUUUAUAUUCCGGACAUUCCUUGUGAUGUUGCACUGCAUGACAUGGCAGACUAAGAGGCUUCUGUCAAAACUGCAAGUCUAUCGAGCAAUUAUGAAAAUGUUACUGAUGCAGCGGUGCUGGAUGCCUGCAAGAGCCGGUGCAAGGCACACUGAAGCACUUCUCAAAUACCUACAUGUUUGAUGGUACUUCUUAGAGAGAUCCCCACCAAAUGACCGCAUAUUGUAGAAAUCGCAGACUAAUGUUCCAGCAGCUUAGUUUUUUGCAGGGUAGGGCUUAUUGGUGUGGCACCAAUACGUCGUGUAUUCGUGAGGCGGGGGAGGUUUUUGUGUACUGUCUUAAGUGGUACCAGCAGCCAGACGGCAGACCAAGUUUAAAGAGUCAGCAUCUGCAUAUCUGUUCUACAUCCUUAUGAAGGAAGGAUGUAAAAGAUCUUAUUGCACGUUUAAGUUAGGCGUAAUGACUUCUCCUGAUUGCUAGAGACCUGCUCGACCUGCAUUGCCACGAAAGUUCUCAUCCAGAGUCUAUUAAUACUUGUUCUCUACAUUAACUUGAGCACUCAAAAAUAUCGACCUCAGAUGAAAUACAAUUGUGUGCAACCUACCCUUGAUGAGAGAAGAAAUAUGGAGAGUGGAAAACAUAUCUUGUGUAGACACCCACCAACUUAUGGCAACCUCGUCACAGUUCUCUCUAUUGAUGGUGGAGGGAUUCGAGGAAUCAUUCCAGCUGUUGCUCUUGCUUUUCUAGAAACAGAGUUGCAGAAACUUGAUGGAGAGGAAGCCCGAUUAGCAGACUACUUCGAUGUCAUUGCUGGAACUAGCACAGGGGGGCUUGUGACUUCGAUGCUCACUGCACCUAACAAGAAGAGAAGACCACUUUUUGCUGCCAAGGAUAUUCAAGCAUUUUAUAUGGACCAUGCUCCCAAAAUUUUCCCACAGCUCAGGGGUGCAUUCGGUCGGAUAAUGAGGAUGCUCCGAUCAUUGUCAGGACCUUCCUAUGAUGGCAAGUACCUUCAUGAAGUUGUGAGACAGAAAUUAGGAAACACCAGGCUGCAUCAGACUUUAACAAAUGUUGUAAUACCAACUUUCGAUAUCAAGCGGCUACAACCAACCAUUUUUUCGUCCUUUGAGGUUAAGAAGAAGAACACCAUGGAUGCUUUGCUAUCAGAUAUUUGCAUCAGCACAUCUGCUGCUCCAACAUAUCUACCUGCACAUUACUUCAAGACGGAAGACUAUCAUGGAAACAUCAAGGAGUUUAAUCUUAUUGAUGGGGGAGUAGCUGCCAAUAAUCCGGCUUUAGUUGCCAUUGGAGAAGUAACCAAGCAGAUUUUCAAGGCAAAUCCAGAUUUCUUCCCAAUAAAGCCUAUGGACUAUGGCCGUUUCUUGGUCAUUUCACUUGGCACCGGCUCAUCAAAGUUUGAAGAAAAGUACAAUUCACAAAAGGCUAAAUCAUGGGGAGUGUUGGGUUGGUUACUUAGCAGUGGAUCCACACCAUUGAUAGAUAUUUUCACACGAGCAAGUGCAGAUAUGGUUGAUAUUCACAUUGCUGCUGUUUUUAAAGCUUUACAUUCUGAGCAGAACUAUCUGAGGAUCCAGGAUGAUACCCUACGCGGAACACUCUCCUCGGUUGAUGUUGCCACCAAGGAUAACUUGGAGAAACUUGUCAGUAUUGGAGAGAUGUUGCUAAAGAAACCUGUCUCACGGGCAAAUUUAGAGACUGGUCAGAUGGUUGCUGCUUGUAGUGACACAGAUGUGACCAACGAGGAAGCUCUCAAGAGAUUUGCAAAGCUGUUGUCUGAUGAAAGGAGAAUUCGCCAAGCAAGGUCACCGAAAUGAACCCGGGUCUCUUUUACGUCAAUACUCUGCCAGAGAGAAACUUUCUCCGCAUGUCAUGCACCAGCGACCAAUUAAUUGAUCUGUCUCUUGAAGUUCAAUUGUAACAUAGUUAAAUAAAUGUGUAGUGUGGCAUUCCCUAAAAAAAGUGUAGUGUGGCAUACUGACUGCUACGGCUUGAUAAGUUUCAUUGUAACAUAGUUAAAUAAGUGUGUAGGUUGGCAUACUGCCAUGCUACUGUUAAGCAUUGAUGGCUUUAUUCUUGUGUAAAUACAGAUAAACUUUUUUAAUAAACUGAACAUUUUUAUUGCUC